CUAAGCGACGCUCUAGUCACCAGAGCGUCGCCGGCUCUCCGCGGCUCGCCGGCCGCCCACCAGGACACCAUAGAGUUGGGGUUCGCUCAGCGGCAAGUUGGGGUUUCCGGGUGGAUCAUGACGCGGCUGCCAGAGCUUGUGGUGUUUGAUCUGGAUUACACGCUCUGGCCUUUCUGGGUUGAAACACACGUAAAUCCCCCGUUCCGCAAGAAGAGAGAUGGAACGGUACAAGAUAUACGGGGCAAGAGCAUCCGAUUGUACCCGGAGGUGCCCGAUGUCUUGGAACGAUUGCUGAGCCUUGGCGUGCCCAUUGCUGCUGCUUCACGGACAGGUGCGGUACAAGGGGCCAACCAACUGCUGGAGCUCUUUGACCUUGUCAAAUACUUUGCUCAUCGGGAAAUCUAUCCAGGCAACAAAGUCACACACUUUGAGAGGUUGCACCACAAGACUGGAGUCCCUUUCUCUCAGAUGGUCUUCUUUGAUGAUGAGAGGCGGAACAUCACAGAUGUUGCCCGACUUGGUGUUACCUGCAUUCACACCCGGAAUGGAAUGAGUCUUCAAAUGUUAGCUCAAGGAUUAGAGACUUUUGCCAAAGCCCAAGUUGGAUCCUGAAGUCCAACCCUGUGGAUAAGCCUCAUCUGAGGUAUAAAGCUGAAAAGAAAUCAAGAAAGCCUUGUCAGGUACAUUUGUAAUUAUUUAAAGUGGACGUGUGU